AAUGAUGGGCAUUGUAGUCUAGCAUCACCUUGAAGCAUAUUAAUAUAUUCGUCAUCCCGUUGGAUCUGACCCAAUUCCACCGAAUUCAGUAGUGGCCGGAUAGAUGCUGCCAGGAUGCCCCCAAGGAAACUUUCCCACCUCCUGACAGAAGAAAUUGAAGCCUUGUCUGCUAUAUAUGGCGAUGAAUGGUGCACCAUUGAUGAAGAUGCAAAAGUAUUCUGCAUUCAGAUUAGCGACUGCCUGGAAAAGCCAAAGUGGAGACUCUGUCUGCAGGUGAUCCUUCCUCCUGAAUAUCCGACAACAGCACCACCUAUUUAUCAAAUUAAUGCUCCUUGGCUUUCUGGACAGGAAUAUGCGGAACUUGCAAAUUAUCUGGAAGAACUCUAUGUACAGAAUCUUGGUGAAAGCAUCCUUUAUCUAUGGGUGGAGAAGAUACGUGAAUUUUUGAUAGAAAAAUCGCAGUCUUCUGAUUCAGUAGGACCAGAUGUUAAAAAAAUUACAGAAGAAACUGAUCUGGAUUACGAAGAGAAUUUUUCACUGGAGUAUCAACCCCUCCGGGAAUGUGCAGCUGUAACUCUGAAUUUUGAUCUGUCAGAAAGCCAAGAAGAUGAAGAGCUGCCGCCAAUUUAUCAUGGAAACCCAAUUACAGACCGAAGAAGCACUUUCCAGGCACAUUUAGCACCUGUUGUGAGCCCCAAACAGGUGAAAAAUGUUCUUGCUGAGUUGUACAAGAAUAAGAAAAUAGCCAGUGCUACUCACAAUAUAUACGCAUACAGGAUAUACUGUGAAGACAAGCAGACUUUCUUACAGGAUUGUGAAGAUGACGGUGAAACAGCCGCAGGUGGACGUCUUCUCCAUCUCAUGCAGAUCCUGGAUGUCCGCAAUGUUCUGGUGGUGGUGUCCCGUUGGUAUGGUGGUAUCCUGCUAGGACCAGACCGUUUUAAACACAUCAACAAUUGUGCCAGGAAUAUACUUGUGGAACAGAACUACACCAAGUCCCCUGAAAAUUUAUCUAAGCAGCUGGGGAAGAACAAAAGAAUAAGGAAGGACAAGAAGAAAAUGUAACAGUAAUUCAGUUUGCAAAAUCGCAUAGCCAUUUUAUCUUUCCCCUGUAUGUAUGCAGUUAAAACACCAGUCACUCAGAUAGUGAAAGGAUUUUUUGUAAUCCUAAAUGUUUUAUCUCGAAGACAUGGAAAUAUUUUGGAGUAAAAAGAAAUAUUUCAUAGUAACAGAACUCAGUGGCCAGAAAAUGUUUUCAGUUUGUUCAAUGCCUCAGCACUCAGAAACCAAGGCCUUAAACAAAUGAGAUUUCUUCUGUAUUCAGUUACUUACUUUGUUAAGAACAAUUAAAUGAGGAAAUUCAGAGUUUCCCUGUCUUAUCUUUCACUUCUGGGGAAGGGUUUUCUGGGGAAGGAAUAAUUAAUUGCACCAAGUAGGAAUCUUAAACACCUUUGAAAAAUGAAGCUUCAGCCUACUGUCAAGUUCUGGUUUGUACUGUAUUUUCAUUUCCCAGUUUUUCUUACUGGCAAAUUUCUAUGCUAUAGUCUGGCCAUCAAACUAGCUCUUAUAAGUGAGGUUCACCUGAAGUAAUACAUAACAUUUCUUCUUCUUUGGCGAUCACUUGUAGCCGAGUAAGAUUGUCUUCCAUAAACAUGGUUUUAACAAUGAGUCCGUAAGUGACUGUGGAGACCAGUUCUGGAUCCACACGUCCUUCCACAGUGGGGACAUUGGAACAAUGGUAUGUAAAAGUGCUCAAUGCUAGCUGAAUCAUAUGUUUUAAUUGAUUUGCAAUCUUGGGGAUUUUAAAAAAAAAUAUAUCUCAUUUGAACAGCUUGCUCACUACUGUGAUGAUUGUAAGUGUAUUUCAUAUUGAAAUAGAACUGUGAGGCAAUUUUAAUGCUUAUUAUAGUUUCUUCAUAAAAGAUUGAACUCGCUUCUUGUGGAUUGUAGGUCUGCAAGUGGAAAUUGCUGUUUGAUGGUCUACACACCUGAGACGCUAAGUUGAUAGUACAGGACGUCAAGUUCAUAUGCUUGGCAAACUCUUUUACUCUGAAUUUAUUAGUCUUAUUUGUUUUUUUCAAUUUGCGAUCCAGUUCUGUAAAAUGUCAUGGGCACAGUUGUAUUGAAUGGAUUAGAUUAGGUUUUUAUUUAUGGCAUCUUUACCAAAAUCAAAGAAAAGCGAACUUGAUAUCCAUCAACUACAAAAGUAUAAAAUCGCUUCUGACAGUAACUCCAUUAUAAAAAUGCAUUAAAAGUUCUUGGAUUUUUAGUUUUAGUUUUACUCUUGACACUGAAUGAAAUAAACCUGCUCUUAUA